AUGGGGAUGCUGCAGGCGGGCCAAGCGGACCUGGGGGCGGCCAGCGUGUACGUGUCCGUCACGAGAGCUGCGGCUGUGGACUUCACGGCGCCCUAUGACUCCAGGCUCAGCUGCUUCAUGGCCCGCACGGAGCCCCCUCUCCCCCGCUGGCAAGCCCUGGCCUUCCCCUUCCAGCUGUGGACUUGGCUGGCUCUCCUGCUGGCGCUGGCCCUCAAUGCCGUCUUCCUGUAUGUCAUUGCGAGGGGCGGCAGUGCGCUCGGCCCCGAAAUCGGCGCUCUGUCCAGCCUCACGUCCUGCCUGUACUACACCUUCGGCCUGCACUGCGACGCCCCCCAAGCCCGCCUUCCUUCGCGUCCUUCCGCCCAGCUGACGGUCGGGAUGCUGUGGCUGUACGUCACGAUCCUCACGGCCUCCUACUCCACCAACCUCACGGCCUUCAUCAUCGUGAGUCGGCCGCCGGGAAGUAUCGAGACGGUGGAGGAGCUGAGGAGGGCGGGGCUGGAGGUAGCAGGCCUCGGCGACUUCUACAGGGUGGCCCUUGCCUCGGCGGGAGAGGCGAACCUGCAGGCCCUGACCCGAACCUACAAGGGCCACAAGUCAGUGGAGACGAUCCUGCCCAAGGUGCUCGACGGCAGCGGCGUCUUCCUGCAGAACAGCGCCUACAUCGAGUUCGUCACCGCCUCCAGGUUCACUCGCAAGGGCGUGGCAGCGACGAGGAUGAUGAAGGAGUGCUUCGCGCCCUAUAGCAUCGCCCUGGCCGUCCAGAAGCACUCGCCGCUCAAGGAGGAGGUCGACAAGGUCCUCGGGAGGCUGAGGGACAGUGGCCUCAUCCGCCAGUACUUCCUGCAGUCUCUCAGGCGUGCGGCGGCCCAGCGACUGUCAUCAGUGCACACAAGCAAGCAGUCACAGUCGCACACUUAUUAUUCAUCAAAACUGGAUAAUCUGUCUGAUUCUUAA